AUGAUACUGUUUGUGGUGUGAUGCCUUCACUGCAAUCCUUUAGAUUAUUGAUACUGGAACCAGAGCCCAGCUGUGCAGCUAACAUGGUACUUCCUCUUUCAGGGUAAAUAGAGAGUGGAAGCAGAUCCACCUCUGGUGACGACGACACGCACACUGCCUUCACCCUGCAGAGGCCUGCAGCUCCUCCAGACGGCUACAGACUCAAGGCACCAACCGAGAUAUCACGUUGACAUGGCGGCGGGCAGACGGCGCCUGUUUCAUCUGGCGGCGCUGCUGUCCAUCGCUCUCACCUCCCUGACGACACUGGACUCCGAACAGGAGCUGCAGGACAGCGGCUUUGGCCGACCGCCGCCUCGCCACGGCCUGCCGCUGCUGGCGUGGUACGUUCGGGACUGCGUGGACAACAACAUGGUGGCGCUGUGCGAUCCCAUCAGAGGAGAGUACGGCUUCCACGAGUUUAAGAACCGAGGGCCCAGACGUCUGCUUCCGGUGAUAAAGGACAAAAGGCAAUACAAGUACUACACCGUUGGAAACCUCCACUCGGCCCACGCGGACCAACUGCCCUUUGAGGUCAGGAGGUACUACAACCGCAGCGACCCCGAAAGUAACAAGGACAGGCUGGUGGUAAGGUACAACAACAACAACAGACAUAUUGAGCAGAUCUACGCGUCUGCACAUUAUCGGCCAACAGAGACGUACAUGAUUGGCCCCGAUCUCGUCGACUCUCUGCGACAGCCAGCAGCCAACACACGCUGAUGUUUGUGCUUUAAACAAGCUUUCACUGAAAUAUGGAGCUGCUGCUUUUUGUUUCAUUCACAAACGCUGACCGCUCGGCCUGUUUGCACAAUAUACAGCAAACACGAGCAAUGUCAAUAAAUAUAAACUAAAUAAAUGUGCUGCAUGAGAA